AAGGAGUGCCUUCAAGGUCCUACAUCCCACUUUCGUGGGCCAGAGCGCAUGGACAGCCGCUGAGGUGGCCGUUGUACUCGCGGGGGUGGAAAUUAAGGCAUUCUUUUCGAGAAAGAAUUACAUCACAACAUCACGAUGAGUAGCACAGGGCUAUCGACGUCGGCAACGGUGUCGGCGUCUUCUUCGACAUCGGCGGCACCGGCGGCAACCUCGUCUACGGUGCCAGAGGGUGCCGGUUCGGCUCAGCAGUCAACGGGCAUCAGCCUGAUCGCGUUCGUGACUGCCUUGGCCGCCUCGUUGAUAGUCUUCGGCAUCCAGAUGGGAUUCUUCUUGCUGCUGCGGAACAAGCUCGUCAGAAUAUUCAAGCCAAAAACUUACCUCGUGCCCGAACGAGAAAGAACCGAUUCGCCGCCCGCCAAUCAUCUAGCUCUAGCAUACAAACUCAUGAGUUUCGAAGACCGCGAGAUCAUCAAGAAGUGUGGUCUUGACGCCUACUUCUUCCUGCGCUACUUGCAGACUCUAUUGAUCAUUUUCAUCCCCAUCGCCGUGGUGGUGAUUCCCAUCCUGGUACCGCUCAACUACAUCGGCGGCCUUGGACACGAUGUCGUCAACAACACCCUCAGCAAUACCAGCAGCACGGUUCCCACGGGCUUGGACACUCUCGCCUGGGGUAACAUCGCCCCGACCAAGCAACAUCGACGUUGGGCUCACCUCGUUCUUGCCCUUCUUGUCAUCUUGUGGGUCUGCGGCGUCUUUUUCGCCGAGUUGAGAGUCUAUGUCAAGAUCCGGCAGGACUAUCUGACGAGUGCGGAGCAUCGUCUGCGGGCUUCGGCAAACACGGUGCUCGUGAGCUCCAUCCCGGACAAGUGGCUCUCUGAGGAGGCCUUGAGAGGUCUGUUUGACGUGUUCCCCGGGGGCAUUAGAAAUGUCUGGAUCACCCGGGACUUCACGGCGCUCCUCACUAAAAUCCAUCAGCGCGCCGCUGUUCACAAGAAGCUGGAGGAGGCAGAGAGCGAGCUUAUCCGCAUGGCUAAGAAGAAGCAACUGAAGCAGGCGAGAGAAGGCGGCCUGAUCCACAGGAUGAUGGCCGAGAGCAGGACCGACAGAGCGGAGCGCAAGAAGGCGGAGGACGCGGAGGCCCAGCGACGUGCCGAAGGUGCCGGGGGCUUGAGCGCCAACACGCCGCAUGUGCCGCAGACUGUACCGGAGGUGGUCGCCGAUGGGAAGAGCGACACAGAUUUGAGCGAUAUCCAGGAGGGGGAGAGCAGCAGCGAAAAUGAGAAGUCCCAGGGCCGCAAGAACCCAUUCGCAAAGAUCGGGGAGGGUCUGGGCAAGGGCGUCGCUGUCGUAGGCGGAGCCGGUUUGGGACUCAUCGGAGGCGUGAAGGCCCUCCCGAGGGGCAUCGGCCAGGAACUGGAUACGACCGCCGGCUUUGACUUUGCCGGAGCCGGCAAUCGACGCGAACCUCUUUCGGCAACGACGAGCGAUGCCGAUUCUCCCCGACGGGGCCACAUGGCGGCCGAUGACGAGGAUAGGCCGAAGACGUCGUUUGCAUCAGAAGCACCCCUGACGGACAAUACUCGGCACGCUCACACAUCGUCGGACGUCUCGCAAGAGUCGCAUACCAAGGAGGAGACAUUCGCCCCGCGUAGCUUUGGCAACACAACUCGCCGGCCCACUAAUAUGGACGAGAUGGUUGUCACCGAGAAGACGCGGUGGUAUGAGUUUUGGAAGCCGCCAACCGGAAGCUAUGCAUCUCCCAUUCCCCAGGGCGCCGAUAAAGGCGACUAUCCGUGGAAGAAGGAGAAGAAGACGUUCUGGCAGCUUGUCAAAGGAUCGAUCCCCUUCCUUGGUGGCGGCGAGCCGCCGGUCGAGUAUCCAGCGGCGUACACCCGUGACUACGCAAGCCAACCAGAGGACGACGCCGAGUGGAGGAAAUGGCUGAAGCCAGAGGAGCGUCCCCACCACCGCAUCGCCAGAUUUCAGAACACGCCGUCGUGGCUCCCCGCACUUCCCCUGGUCAACAAGAAGGUGGACACCAUCUACUGGUGCCGCGCCGAGCUGGCCCGGCUGAACCUGGAGAUUGAAGAGGACCAACAGCACCCGGAACGCUACCCGGCCAUGAAUGCGGCCUUCAUCCAGUUCAACCAUCAAGUCGCCGCUCACAUGGCCUGCCAGUCUGUGAUCCACCAUAUCCCGAAACGGAUGGCGCCUCGCAUGGUGGAGAUCUCGCCUGACGACGUCAUCUGGGACAACAUGGCCAUCUCGUGGUGGGGCGAGUGGGCGAGGCGCGCCAUUGUAUUCGCCCUUGUGUCGGCCAUGGUCAUUCUCUGGGCCUUCCCCGUGGCCUGGACUGCUUCCCUCUCCCAGAUCGACGCCCUGGUUGCGAAAUACGACUGGCUCCGGUUCCUGGUGGAGAACGAGAUACUCAAUAAUGCCAUCAAGGCGAUUGCUGGUGUCUUGCCCGCGCUGGUCCUGUCCAUCAUUCUAGCGCUGGUCCCUGUCGUGCUUGGCCUCCUGGCCCAGUGGCAGGGAUCCAAGACGGGCUCCCAGAAGUCGGAAGCCGUCCAGAUCUACUACUUUGCCUUCCUGUUCGUCCAGGUCUUCUUGGUCGUCUCGAUCGCCUCCGGUACGCUACAGACUCUCGCCAAUGUUGGGUCGAACAUCGCGUCCACGCCACAGGUGCUGGCUGUCAAUCUUCCGAAGGCGGCGAACUACUUCUUCGCAUACAUGAUUCUUCAGGCGCUGUCGACGAGCUCGGGAACCCUGCUACAGAUCGGCACCCUUGUCGUCUGGUACUUCUGGGCGCGCAUCGUCGACAACACGGCCCGGGCGAAAUGGACGCGCAACACCAAGCUGCCGAACGUCCAGUGGGGGUCGUUUUUCCCCGUCUACACGAACUUCGCCUGUAUCGCCCUCAUCUACUCGAUUGUCGCUCCGCUCAUCGCCAUCUUCGCCAUCAUCACCUUCAGCCUGCUCUGGGUUGCGCACCGCUACAAUAUGCUCUACGUCACUCGGUUCCGGACCGACACGUUCGGCGUGCUCUACCCGCGGGCCAUCAACCAGACGUUCACGGGGCUCUACGUCAUGGAGCUCUGCCUGAUCGGCCUCUUCUUCCUGGCCGAGGACGAGAAGGGGGAUCAGGUGUGCUUCCCGCAAGCCAUCGUCAUGAUCGUCGCGCUCGCCCUGACAGCGCUCUACCAGUACGUGCUCAACAGCUCCUUCGGGCCCCUCCUGCGCUACCUCCCCAUCACCUUCGAAGAUGAGGCCGUCCUCCGUGAUGAAGCCUUCCACCGCGCCCAGGCUCGCCGCCUCGGCCUGCUCGCCGAGGACGAGGACGAGGCUGCGGCCCUCAACAGGUCUGCCACGGUCGCCGCCGCAGGCGAUGACAUUGAGCUCGAAAAGCUGGGCGGCAGGGGCCACAGCCGAACCGGCUCCGUCCUUGGCAAGUUCGGGCGGCCCGUCAGGCAUGCCGGCACGUGGGCGGCGCGCGGGGGCAAGCAGAUCCGCGCGGCGACCUUCGGAAAGGCGGAGGAGGGCAUCCGCACGGCAACCCAGUACCGCAAGACGCGCCGGCAGAAGGACCUGGAGGCGCAGCGGGCGAUGGGUGAGGCGCUCUACGGCGGCUACUGCGACGUCAUCGAGGACCUGACGCCCGAGGAGAGGGACGUGCUGGUCAGGAAGGCGUUCCAGCACUCGGCGCUCCGGGCGAGGAGGCCGGUGGUCUGGAUCCCGCGGGACGAUAUCGGCGUGAGUGAUGAUGAGAUCCGGAGAACGAACGAGUUUAGCGAGUGGAUCUCGAUUACGAAUGAGGGGACUGCGCUGGAUAGCAAAGUCAGGGUGCUCUACGGGAGAAAUCCGCCGGACUUUUCGGAGGCGGAUCUCAUUAAUCUCUGAUGGAAAGGCAAGGCGUAUGUAUAAUGAAAGCGCAUACAUAUAGGUAGGGAGAGGGAAAUACCCCGGCGUUUCGAGUGGGUUUUGUUUGUCUUCUCGGCGGGAG